AUGAGUCCAGCGAACAGCCUUGCCGAGGCUCACAGCAGCCUGUACAACGCGCUCGGAAUCCCACAGGCCGGAGACAUCGACUGCUUUGCCGGGAGGGAGACCCAAAGUCAGUGCCUCCACACACUUCCAAAACGGCGACGAGCCUUGAUUAAGCCAAUUGUGCAAGCCCUGGCUGUUCGAGAAUCUAACGAUGAUGACCAAAGGGAUACCAUUGAUCUUUCUCUCCGGGACUUGGCCAAGAAACUCGUCUGCCACAGACCAGCAAAGAUACACACGGAAACACUCGUGUUCGACGGAGACAAGUUUCCGAAUCCCGUGGACUAUGCCCACGCCUUAUUGACUAGGAGGUUCUACAAAUGGCUCAAGACGGAGAGCAAAGAAAAUCCAAGGCUGGUACGGUCUUCUCAGAACUCAUCGACUUCCCUUCGAGAACGUGGAGCAGCGCGCAUGAGCAAACGAAAUCCGGAUCAAAGUCAAUGUUUUAUCAUUUACGACACGGACGACGGCGAGUAUCCGGGUGACUAUCUAAGCGAUGAUGUGAUUGAAUCAAUUGAAGAAGACAUCGAUUUAAGUCACAGGGGAGCCAGUUCAGAUCAAGAUUCUGAAGAUGAGGGGAUAGACGAAUGUACCCGUCAGACAUCUACACAGCGGGAACUUCGACGUCCUGGACUUACUAGGCAGAGCCCACUGGGUGACAGGGAAAUCCCCAGGACGCCCCCAAGAAACCACGGUUCGAGAUAUCGCAACAUUUAUUCCAGAUCACCAGGCCUGCUAUCAUACCCAACACCCACAAACGAUGCAUGUCUUACUUCACCAGGGUCUGUCACCUCGCCUGAUCCUAGUGAGGUCUUCACCCCAUAUUCGACAGCCUCGACACCAUAUUCUGCUUUCAGCACCGAGGGGUGCGAAACCCCACGAUCUUCUUUUCGCCAGAGCUGCUAUAAUGAAAGACACAUGGAGAGCCCAACGCGCAGAAAGAUGCAGACAGAUAUUGACCUUCUUUCAAGCGAUAUGAUGAAGAAAAUGAGACUCAGCGUAGAUGACUUGGGUGACCAGAGUGACGAAGCUGAAUCAGAAGCGGAGUCAUUGCGAUCUCGUCGCUCCAUGACCUUCGAUGGCACGGAGAAAUCGCCAGUCCAUAACAUCGUGAAACUCUUGGCAAGGCCAGUUUCGGAGGAGCGGUUGGGAUCUGGGUAUGUAUAUUGCUUCGCCGAAAGGUCAAAGCCUGGAUUCCUCAAAAUUGGACACGUAAGAAGCCCCGAGUUCAGCAAGUCUGACAAGGUUGAAAGGAGGAAGGGGGAAUGGGAGAAUGAAUGCAAAAAUGACCUGGUCUACAAAUUCAGGGUCUUCAUGCCACAUGCUGUUAGGAGGAUGGAGGCACUGAUCCAUCAAACGUUACACAGAAAGAAAAUGAACGCCUCUUGUCCGAACACAGCCUGCCAAAAGACGCACAAGGAAUGGUUCAGGAUAGAGGAAGAAGAGGCAUGCCGAGUUAUCGAGAUCUGGCAACAGUUCAGCAAGUUGAAUCCCUAUGGUGACAAGGGCGAGUUAGAAGAGCACUGGGCACGAUACAAACUGACACAGCUAGACGAUGAGUGUCUCUGGAACGCCAAAAGCUGGUUAGCCACAGAGUGGGCUAAGUUGAUCGCAGAGGCUGUCGAAGCCUUGAUGCAAGAGAAGCAGAGAGCCGUGGAGAAAUAUCAUGCAGAGAUGAGACAACGUCUGGCUGUGUUAAGGAAGGCUCAAGAACGAAUUUUGAUUUAG